AAAGGAGCUGCACGGGAGCCGCAUCACGCUGCCGCUGCCUCGCCGACCUUCUGCAUAUUUUGGCAGACCCGUCUCCGGGAUUUUCUCCAAUCGAAGGAGUAAGAAGGCAAGCUCCCCCUCUCAGUGCCAAUUUUCCCGCCAUUUUCUAACGAUUAGCCGCGGAGCAGACCCGGCAAGUAUGGGUCGACGAGACAACUCGGCGGAGCGAGCACUAGUCCUGCUCCGAACCCGAUUAUGCAAUCCGAAUUACAUCUUCACUCUUUUUCCCGAUUCCCCUGACAGCAAUUACAGCAAAUUGAAGUACAUAAUUUCUAGCUCUGUCACAGAAGCCUGUAACAAUUCGGCUUUGCUUCUUGGUCCGCGCGGAUGCGGUAAAGUUGCGGUUUUGGAGCUAGUUCUUGAGGCUUUACUAACUGAGUUUCCAGAUAUGAUCUCUGUGAUUAAGCUCAAUGGGCUAUUGCAUAGUGAUGACAAUUGUGCCUUAAAGGAGAUUGCAAGGCAAUUAUGUUUGGAACAUCAGUUGCUUUUCUCAAAAAUGGCAUCAUCUGAUGAUAACACCCAGUUCUUGAUAGCAAUUCUAAGGGAAUGCGGAUUGGCUCAUAAAACAAUUAUAUUUGUAUUGGAUGAGUUUGACCUUUUUGCACAGGGUAAACAAAGGUUACUUUAUAGUUUAUUAGAUGCAAUGCAAUCUGUGACAUCACAGGCUGUGGUUAUUGGCGUCAGUUGCCGGUUGGAUGCUGAUCAACUCUUAGAGAAAAGAGUUAGGUCUCGUUUCUCACAUAGGAAACUGUUAUUUUUGCCUCCAUCAAGGGAAGAUUUGGACCGAAUUCUGGAGCACAUUUUGCAGUUGCCGAAGGACACUGGUCUUCCUACUAAAUAUGUAGAUGCUUUCAACACCAAGCUUCUUAGUAUUGUAUCAGAUGGCACAUUCAAAGGCAUUAUUGAUUUGCUGUGUAACACCGACUCAACUUUCAACCAUCUUUUGAAAUUCCUGUUCUCUGCUGUGUCUCAAAUGGAUAUGAAAUCUGGAUUCUUAUCAAUUGAGAACUUUAAAACGGCACUUUCAUAUACCCAAAGGCAACCCAAGCUGGAGUGUUUGAAAGAUUGCUCUAUUUUGGAGUUGUAUAUUCUGGUUUGCAUGAGAACGUUGGAAGUCAAUAAGCAAGAGGCUUGCAACUUCAACUCUAUAAUGAAAGAGUACAAGAACAUUCAUGAUUCUUCUUCUAUGCCUGAUUAUUAUGCUAGGAACGUUUGCUUGCGGGCAUUUGAGCACCUUUUGCAGCGUGAGCUAAUCUCCUUCACGGAGAAUAGGGGCCACAACCAAUCUAUCGAAUUCCGGCCAGUAAAGCUUCUAUUAUCUGUCCAUGAACUUCAACAAGGACUCAAAUCUUAUCCUAAUUGUCCACGGAGCCUUCUCAAGUACUGUGGGAAUGCUGUUACAAUUGCCUAGUUUUUUAUUUGGCUAUCUAUCCUUCUCCUUCACACUUGAGCUCUUCUUAAUUCUUAUUAUCAGCAUGUUUCCCUUUAUUUAUGUAUGUAUCUUUCUUUGUACCAAAAAUAUUUUAUUUAUGACUGCUCAAUAUCUUUACUAACAAUGCUUAUUUGGCAAGCACUUGUUCCUCUAGUGAGUCACUACUGGCCUUUGUGACUUACGCCUGCAUGGCUUCAUCUACUUGAUAUAUACUAGUACUUUUUUUAAAACCUAGAAGGCA